GUUAUGUUGCACCAUUGUCUUCAUUGGGCGUUCGAUGUUAUCCUACAGGGUUGCCAGAGGAAGGUCCGAGGAGUGCUGCGUGGCACAGCUUGGUGUUCAAUAAGAUCAGGUCGCUGUGGACGGCACACUCGUCUGUGCCGCAAGGCCUCAACCAACUGACAGAUGAUGAGGGUGGUCACAUCAAGCAAGGAUACGAGUCGCGGCGGCAGAAUGACCUGUACAUGAGGCUUGGCUUGCUGCUCAGGGAUGGGCGAGGGUCCAGGAACAAGGCUAGAGACAGCUGCACUUCCCUGGCAUGCCUUGACGCUCAUACCCUCGCCUCUCAUAAUACUAGCCCGGUGUCAACCCUCACUGGUUCAUCGGAAGUGGACGCUACAACGCCUCUGGGACGGGAUUCCCUCGGCUCCUUAGCGUCCAUGAGCUUAUCAGCGGCCAGCAACUGCUCAUCAUCAAGUCCGGGCAGCAGACGACAUUCAGUUAAUGCAUUACAAAGCGGCAGAUCAGAUGAGCUGACGCGAAUGUCCAGUGGUUUCUUCAAGGGAAGAAAGACGGCCGCUCGACGGUCUGCUAGGGUCAGCAGUAAACAGUCUUCCACUUCUUCUGAGACCAAAAAAGUCCACCCAUCACCUCAACUCACGCUGCGGCCACUAUUCUUCGAAGUGCCGUCAACAGACAACCGCGGCCACUUCUCCGGCAGACAGUGGCUCAUCAGGGACAUGGAGAAGGCUCUCGAAUCCAGUGCCUCGGGUAUCCUAGUGUCAGGAUGUCCAGGGACAGGAAAGACGGCGUUGAUCCUGCAGCUGGUGGAAUACUCCUGCUUCGGCAGGAAGAGGAACUACGAGUAUGAAGAGUUAAGGGAGCAGUCGGAUAUCAGGGAAAUGCUGCCCGAGGAGAUGACUGCCGGCAUGUUCACCCAUCUGGCUUCCCAUGUCGUUGCAUAUCAUUUCUGUCAAGCCGAUAACAACAGUACUUGCCUGGUGGGUGAAUUCGUCCAUUCGCUAGCUGCACAACUGUGCCAAGCUCCGAGACUGCAAGCAUACAGAGAGUAUCUCCUAAGCGAACCACAUCUCCUUGGAUGUUUAUCCUUAAAGGAAUGCAUAGCUGACGCAGAUCUGGCCUUCAUGAGGGGAAUAAUCGAGCCCCUUAUCUUCCUCCGAAGAAAUGGAAGCAUAGAUUCCACCAACAGCAUCAUCCUUGUCGAUGGUCUCUGCGAAGCCGAGUACCAUAGACCAGACCACGGUCACACAAUCGCUUCAUUCCUCGCAAGACAUGUGGCUGAAAUGCCCUCGUGGCUCAAAGUUGUAGCUACAGUCAGGACACAGUUCAUAGACUUAACAAAACAACUGCCCUACGCGAGAUUAAGUCUAGACGAGUCCGAUAAUGUCAACAAAGAUUUAUUGGAGUAUUUUAACACUAGAGUCCAGGCAGCGCCUAUAAUAGAGACCAACAUAAAAUCAUCAACUGGAAAAUUGGAAGGAGUACACAAUUCGGUGAUGAAGUUCGCACAAUAUGUCCUCCAUUUGAGCCAAGGCUCGUUUUUGUUCCUAAAAUUAAUAUUAGAUUUGUUAGAGAGGAGUCAUAUUGUGGUGAAGUCGACUAAUUACAAAGUGGUGCCGAUAUCCUUGGCCCAGAUAUUCUUGUUGCAGUUCAAUCUGCGUUUUCCAACUGUGCAAUCUUUUGAGAAGGUCACACACAUUCUCAGCGUGUGUUUAGCUGCCUUAUACCCUCUUACAUUGGUGGAGAUAUAUUAUUCUGUGAAUUCUUUGUUAGUGAACACGUUCCUGCCUUGGGAUGAGUUUUGCCACAGAUUCGACAGCCUCACAGACUUCCUCGUAAAGAGAAUUGACAAUACGUACAUGUUUUUCCACCCUUCAUUCAGGGAAUGGUUAAUCCGAAGAGAUGAUAAUGAGAGCCCCAAAUUUCUAUGUGAUUUGAGAGCUGGUCACUGUGGCAUCGCCUUUAGAUUAUCUAGGGUUCAAGCUCCACUGGACUCCGAGAAGUCUAUGGAGCUCGGUCAUCACAUUCUGAAAGCUCACAUGUAUAGAAACUUGGGACCUGCACAGCUAGGGUUAUGCCCUAGAGAUUUACAAGCUAUGAUGGUAGCAACAAGCUCAGCAAAUGUUGGUGAAGCGAUUGCUAAUUUGAGGAAUAUUUACACGCCCAAUGUGAAAGUAUCUCGCCUUAUGUUGUUGGCCGGUGGAUCUCCAAACCAAAUUACCGAGUGUCUUGGAAACGCUCCUUUGCUGUGUAUGUAUUCAUAUCAAGGGAUUCUGUCCAUGGUUGGGCUUCUUAUCGAGUUUGGAGCAGAUCUAGAAAUGACGAACUCUCAAGGCUGCACAGCUUUGUCGCUGGCGUGUCAACGAGGCCACACUGAUGUUGCCCGAAGACUUAUAGCUGCAGGCGCAUCGCUCAGUCACACAGACACAGCAGAACAAACUCCCCUGGUUCAUGCAGCAAAGAAUGGCCACCGAGACACUGUUAUCUACCUUCUCGGCUGCCAGACAGGCAGAGACGAUAGGAACUCCAUAGAAAUUGAUGAAGGGAGCAUAGAACAACUGGUACCUGGGUCUAGACACGCCUUAAUAGCUGCAGCGCAGAACGGUCAUUUGGAUAUUGUCGAAUAUCUGCUGGAUACUGCUGAAUUAAUUCCCGACGGCAUAUGCCCAGUAACAGGAGAGACAGCACUCACAGCUGCAUGCUCUACUGGUAACGCAGCCAUCGCCAAUGCUCUCCUUAUCCGAGGAGCUACUCCUUACUCUCUAAACGCGAGACAGAUGUCCCCCCUAGCGCUUGCAGCCAAGAACGGAAGGACAGCAUUAGUGUUGAGACUCCUGGAUUCCGGAGCAGACGUGAUGGGAUCCAAUGGGAAGAGUCCGUUGAUACUGGCUGCAGCGGAGGGACAUUCGGAUGUCGUUGAGAUGCUUUUGGAUCAUGGUGCUGAUCCAGACGCAGUGGAUAGUGACGGUCUAUCACCACUGGGCUGGGCGUGCCUUCGCUCCAGGGUACCCACUGUGAUAACACUGCUCGACAAAGGAGCUACUAUUGACUUACCAGACGGCAGCGGCAGGACACCGCUCGGCCUCGCGUGUGGAGGAUCAUCAGAUCUGGUAGAGAUACUGCUGGAGCGAGGAGCGUCACUAGAGAGGGUCGACCAUAGCGGCCUCAGACCUCUGGACAGGGCGAUUGGACAGAGGAACAUACAGGUCGUCAACUGCUUCCUGAGGAAAGGCGCCAAGCUAGGACCAACUACGUGGGUGAUGGCAUCAGGCAAACCAGAAUUCAUGCUAAUCCUGCUAAACAAGCUUCUAGAAGACGGCAACAUGCUAUACCGCAAGAACCGCCCCUCGGAGGCCGCCCAUCGCUACCAGUACGCCCUGAAGAAGAUCAACCCGCUGAUCAGCGACGAGGGCGUCACGGCUCCCACCACUCAGCCCGUUCCACAUGAACAUGUCUCUGCUUUCGUGCAGCUAAAGACUAAUCUACUGCUGAAUCUGUCUAGAUGCAAGAGGAAAUUAAAUGAACCAUCCGAAGCUCUAGAUCUUGCCGCGAGGGCUUCAGUUCUCCGCCCAAACGCCUUCGAAUGCGCUUACGCUAUGUCCCGAGCGAUACUUGCUCUCAACAAGCCCUCAGAAGCUCUCCCGCACGCUAGAAGAGCUCUACUACUAGCGCCAUCUAACGAUCUUUCCGCAGUCAGGACUUUGAAGGCACUUCAACAGGAAAUACUGACGAGGAUCAACACAGGCUCUCACAGCCUCAACGGCGACACUAGGUCUAUGAGAAAUUUCGAUACAAUCAGCCUGAAUAUGCCUUAAUGUGAUAAACUAUCGAUAUUUUAUCGACUCUA